AUGGUGCCCUCGUCGUUCCCUGUGACCCGCCCCAGUCGCACCGUCGACCCCGAAGCUUCCCUCGUUCUUGUCGGCAUCCGCGGCUGUGGCAAGCGCUCUAUGGGCUUCGUGGCCGCAACCGCCUUGAAACGCCGCUUCAUCACCGAAGAACACUAUUUCAAGGAGGUUACCGGGAUCUCGCGACACGAAUAUCUGCAGCAGUAUGGCAGCCAGCAGUUCCAACACCGCGACAUCGAAGUCCUGAAACUCAUGCUGGAGAACCAUCGCACACGCUGCGUGAUUGAGUGUGGACUUGGGAGUCUCACGCGCCCGGUACAAGAAUUCCUCCGCCAGUACUCCGCCACAAACCCGGUCGUAUAUCUCCUGCGCGACAUCGAGCGCAUCCAGAGAUUACUGGGAUUCGAGGACCAGGCAGUCAAGCGCCUCUGCGAGGGAGAUCCGUUGCAUCGGACCUGCUCCAACUUCGAGUUCUACAACAUUGAGGACCGGUCGAGUGUGGUGAUCCCGACCGACGAGGAUGCGCCCGAUCGCCGGUCGGUCGACUACUCCUUCAAGCUCAAGGCGGCCAAGGAGGACUUUACGCGCUUCGUGUGUCUGGUGACGGGCACGGAGGUGGACGACUCGGCCUAUGACUCGCCGUUUGUCCUCCUGGAGACGCCACCGGAGCAGCGGUCCUUUACCCACGCUAUCUUCGUGCGUUACUCAGAUCUAGUCGAAGGCGCUGUGAACCUUCCCGAGCUGGAAUCGGGCGGCGAUGCCAUCGAACUGCGCGUGGACCGGUGGGGCCCCGGCAUGGCGAGCACCGUGAGCAAGCAGGUUUCUGUGCUGCGGCGAAAUGCGCGUCUUCCCAUCAUCUUUUCGAUCGACAGCACAGCGUCGGGGCUCGGCAGGGACCGCUCCCCGGCGGAGGUGCGCGAGGUAUACUUCGAAGUCGCGGAGCACGGCUUGCGAUUAGCCGUCGAGUACCUCGCAGUGGACUUGGUCCAAGAUCCAGUGCAUUUGCAGUGGGUGGUGGGCAACCGCGGCAUGACCAAGAUCAUCGGACACCACACCUACGAGCCGAUGGAGAACGUGGCCUGGGAUGACGACCAGUGCGUCUCUCUCUACCUGGAAGCCGAGAAACUGGGCUGCCAGAUCGUGCGCGUCCUGCGCGUGGCGACCGAGCGCGAAGACAAUGCGGCGGUGGCCAAGUUCACCAACAAGAUCCUGUCCCUCCCAGGCGCGCACCCUCCGCUCAUCGCCUACAACGUCGGCAGUCUCGGCCGCACGUCGCAGGUCUUCAACUCGAUCCUCACGUCGGUCACGCACCCGGCCAUUGACCGCGCCAACGACACGGGCCGCAACCCGGAAAUCACCUCGCGCGACGCUGUCCAGGCUCUCUUCCAGAGCUACGUGCUCGAUCCUCUUCAAUUCUAUAUCCUCGGCGCCAGCGUCGCCUACAGUCUCUCCCCCGCCAUGUACAACGCGGCCUUCAAACACUGCGGCAUGGCACACCGGUACAGCAUCCCCGAGUCGGCGACGCUCUCAGCGCUCGACCGCUUCGGCCGCGACCCCCACUUCGGCGGCACAAGCGUCGUCCAGCCCUGGCGUGUCCAGGUGUCGCAGAAACUAGCCCACAAAAGCCGCCACGCCGAGGCCAUCGGCGCCGUCAACACCAUCAUGCCGCUGCGCGCGCGCCCCGACGGCACCAUGUUCCCGCUCCACGAGCAGGCCACGCGCCGCAACCAGGCCGGCCCCAUCCUCGGCUGGUACGGCGAAAACACCGACUGGGUCGGCAUCGUCACCUGCGUGAACCGCAAUCUCUCCCCGCGCAACACCAUCAGCCCGCUCAAGACCACCGCCCUUGUUAUCGGCGCCGGCGGUAUGGGCCGCGCUGCCGUCUACGCCAUGCUGCGUCUCGGCUGCCGCAACAUUUUCAUCUUUAACCGCACCCGCUCGCGAGCUGACACCGUCGCCCACCACUUUAAUUCGUGGGCGGGUUCGACGGUUGUGCAUGUCCUCCAAUCUCCAGACGAGCCUUGGCCCGCCAACGCCAAUCCCCCUUGUGUCAUCGCCUCGUGUGUCCCCGCCGACCCAGCGGGGACCGAACCACCCGCCAACUUCGAAAUGCCACCCCAGUGGUUGGGUAGUACCACCGGGGGCGUUUUCGCAUACAAACCCCUCGAAACCCCCCUGCUAAAACAAAUGCGCCGUCUGCGCACCGAAACUGGCCGUCCGUGGGUCCUCGUCGACGGCCUCGACAACGUCUCCGAGCAGGCCAUCGCGCAGUUCGAGCUGCUCACUGGGCGAAAGGCUCCUCGUCGGCUGAUGACGCGCGAGGCGAGACGCUGCUUCUCCGAUGCUAGUGGGGGAGGGGUCUUUUCUGAUGUUGAGGGGACGAAGUUGGUGUAG